AUGCCGCAUCAUUUAACUUCUUUCGUUGCUGCCAUAACGGGAUCUAUUAGUUCAGGCACAUGUUGUGGAUGUAUACCCUUUACAAUUUCUCCAGCCGUUACCCCUGUAAUAGCUUCGUCGACGGCCCCUUUAUCAGCAGCCAUACCAAAUACAGUAAUACCAGGAGCAGUUGCAUCUCAAGGUGCUGUAUCUUCAAGCCCAAUAUUAACAAGUUCGAUGGCAUUUAUUGCGCCAUUUUUUGCCCCUUUGCUUGCGUCAUUUUGGGAUUUUUAUAAAAAAUAUAAUAUUUUCGAAGAGCCCGAAGAAUCCACAAAAGUAGAUAAAAUGUGCGAAUGCGAUUUAGCAAGUACACAAGAAUUAAAUCAUCAAGUUCAUAAUUUCGAAAAUCACGAUAAAAUUUUUAAUCAAAAUUUCACUUAUGGUCAAAAUAUAGACAACAAUAAUAAUUGUUGUACUAAUAAUACAGCCAAUGAAAAUCAAAAUUUCGAUAUUAAUGAAGAUAUUAGAAUGGAAGGAAUUAAUAGGAAAAAUUUUGAUUCAUUAUUUUAUGAAAAAUCAUCAGUAGCUAGUGAAUGCUCUCAUAGUUCAUUUUUGGGUAAUACAAACAUAUGA